AUGUCAAGUCAGACCGAGCACCAUGCUGGCGACGCGUCCCAAACGCGUUCUGGCAUCCUGACGCCAACGUCUGAAAACACCAAGAGCCUGAGUGAUGGCGUGGCCUCUGGAGGUAAGAAGCGCAAGAGAGAAGGCAGUUCCAUAGAAGAUCUGCUGAGAGACAAAUUUGUCGUUAGGCCAUAUCCAGCGACUGGGUUCGUCAAGUCCCAGUCUCUCCAGCCACUGAUGCUACUGCCACGAUCCAAACUGCCGCUCUCAUUCUUCGACUUUUACUCCACUGCCAAAGGCUUAGCCAAAUCGAGAUUAUUCGAAGCACACGUCAAGAUAUUGGAGUUAGAAGAGCGCAUGGGAAGCCAGCCAACCGUUCUGGUCGCAAGAUUGAAUGAUAGUCGGUUACUAUACGCGGUCGAACGUGAAAGUCAUGGUCUCUACGUGCUGUGCCAGCUUGGGUCAUGGAUAAACCUACAUGAUUUGAGAGCGGCAGCCGUAGUUUCGAAGCAGGAGUUACCAGAGCGAGCAUGUCUCCAGGUCCCUACCAUACCAGAACAUACCUCCGAAACGAGCCAGUUCAGCAAAAGUAAGCGUCUGGCAAUUGAGGCUAUCCAGUCCAUGGUGAAGCGCCCACCGAUAGGCCUUCUCACAGAGUCUCAGGGAGAUUCCCUGUCUCCUGCCAACGAGCCGGAGCAAUUAACUGUCGACACCCCUCUCCCCGCCCAGAAAGCUCCCAGACAAUGUGUUGAAAGCCAGGAAAACCACAACCUUGCUGCGGUGGAUGAUGUUCUAUCUCAGCCCACGGCAACAGAGAUAUUUGAAAAUGUUCGGACACAAUACUUGGAGACACUCUAUCUUUCUAAGGCUUCAUUGGCAUAUUUUGUGAAGGGUCCAUUGUCACGGGCUCGGGCGGCGUUCCAUCUUGACUACGAGUCCACUCUUGAUCUCAACGAUCAUAUCAAUUUCUUGGAAAGUCUGGUCAUGUCGAAUCCCAUAUUGGAUAAGAAGUACCGUGGUGGGAUUCCGAACUUUAUUUCUUUGGUCGACAUUCGGGAUCAUAGUGCAGAGGAUGCUGCCCAAGCAAUUGCAAAACCCAAGAAGAAGAGGAUUAGCAAAAAGAUGAAGCCUGGAAAGAAUGGAUUGUAUCCAACAGAAGAGCCUCUGAUCCGGGAGUGGUGGGCAGCCCAUGAUGACGAUGCCGAGAUUGGCGCGCCCGGUUCUUCUCGAGAAGAACUCACCAAAACUCGUAUAUACCAGCUCCGUAUCCGGGAAACUCAACUUCAAUUGAUCAUUAUCCUGGAGAUUCUGGCACUCCGGCCUUUGGCAACUACAGAGCACAAAGGAGAGGGUUUGCCUUCUGCGUUGCCUACAAUAGAGGCGGUAGAGACGAAAGACAACUCUUCCAAGUCAAAAAAAAAGGCCGACCAUCUGACAGUUCUCAUUGAUAUGCAUAUCGAUAGAUUAUGCAUCUGGCAGUCCAUCGCUCUCGAAUUGACGAAUGCACCUACCAGUGAAUCGCUUAAAGCCUCUCCAAAAAGUUUCGACUCCGGCAGCCAACUAAAACAUACAGACAAUGUUCUCAGGGACUUCUGCGUCGAAGUCAUUACACCAUUUUUCCAAUCACGGCUCCCAGCGAUCUGCGCAGCUAUUAACAGAAAGUUUGGAGGCCCUGUUGUCAUGUCGCCUCCCAAACCUAAGCUGUCCAAGGCCUCCAGUUAUUCUGGUGCCCUCUCACGACCUGGGGCCGCUACAAAACGACCAGUCCCUAUAAAACCCGGCCGAAGUUUGAAGCGUGUUUUGACAGACGAUCGAGAGCGAAGAAGCAUGUCUUCGGGCCCAAACAAAAAGAUAGCUCUGAUGAGGUCGGCUACGAUGCCCAUCAUCCCAGGAAUGAAGAGGGAAACAAGCGAAACGCCGUCAAUAUCAAGCACACCAGCCAUGGAGCCACACUCUUUAGAAGCAUCUAGGGGCGGGGUGUCAAACUCGAAGCGCUUUUCUCGGCCGGAUAUAGAUCCCAGCAGUCUCUUGCCUGAGAAGAACUCCAAGGCGAAGAAGAAGGCUCUAGUUGACGAACAGCUUAAGGAGGCGAUUUCGGCCCUGAAAAAACCGAACCGUGAGCUUGCUGGGCAGGCGUUGGCAGAGAUAGCUGAACAAAGGACAGUCAUAUCAAAUUCUCGGAAAUCCAAGAAGCCAAUCAGGAACCCCCCUCUCCAGAGUGUCCAGAUAUCUGCAACGCCUAAGACCAAUCGACACAAGGAUAUGUUCCCUGAAUCCCAGCAAUCAAGCUUGGAACGGAUGGUUGGAGAGGUUUCGGUGGUUCCCGUAUCAAGCGCACCUCGGAUACCACAAUCCAGUUCUCGCUCUGCUCAGGGUGCUUUUCCAAGUGUUCAAGCAACACCAUCACGAAAAGUUGUUCCUGCCCUUCCGCGACCGGGGAAAGAUAUGGACUCUGGUGGUGUGCCAUCUUCGCCGUUACACUUUCGUCGAUCAAGCUCUCAGCUUUUCACCGCGGUGCCUGACUCGGCUUAUAAGGAUUUGAAUGCUGUCGUUUCUUGCGGACUGAAUGAGACACCGAUUAAGAAGAGGCCAGUGAGCAGCAAUGAGCACAGCCAUCUCGGUCUAGCGGGGAUUGAUAGCGAGAAGGAGAAUAACCAAUCGACAAUGAGGCGUGUAAUAAGUAACGAGUGCAAAGAGGCGUUGGGUAAAGAUACAGAUGACUCAAUUUACAAGGCGCUGGGAUGGGAUGACAACGAUCUCGAGGACCUGGCAUGA